AUGUCACAAAACACUCGACUUUCGUACUCUGCGGCUGCAGGGUCUGCAGAUAUUCCGAAGCCGCAACCAAAGCCUGCGACCAAUUCUGUUGCCAAUUCAUCCUCUUCAAAUCACCGUCAACAUGCUUCCGGUCAGCAGCAAGGAAACCGACAUGGUGGACCAGGUCACAGGCGAACUCCUUCACCUUCAUAUACUCCAAAGACAUCAUCUGCCGAAGAUGCAGUCUAUGUCUUGACUCUUCUGACGGACGCCAAACACCACCGCAUCCUGACCGAGACGCGAAAGAAGUACUUUCCUCCUCGUUUGAACAGACUCGAUGCACACAUCACUCUUNUCCACGCACUACCUGGAAGUCUGCUCGAGGAGUCGAUCAAGCCAACUUUGAGAGAGAUUUCGAGCAAAACCAAACAGUUCCACCUCCUUGCUGCAACGCCAUUCCGGCUAAACAAGGGUAUUGCUAUUGGCCUGCCCAAGUCGUCAGGCGGCGAUGAUGCGAGACAGGUUCAUCAGCAAUUGAAGGCGGCAUGGUCGGAUUUCCUGAGUCGGCAGGAUGGCGGUGGCUUCGCAGCCCAUUACACCAUCAUGAACAAGGUCGAUGAUGAAACGGAGGUGCAGAAGGCAUUCGAGCAGGUGCAACAGGAAUGGAAAGGCUGCCACGGUACUGUUCUUGGUCUAUCGCUUUUCAAGUACGAUCGCGGAAACUGGGUGCACGAUGAGGACUUCAAGUUUGCAGCGAGUCAAUAA